AUGUAAUCAAAUUCGAAAACCCUCUCACAGCAAAAGCCUUCUUAGUGUUGCGUUGAUUUUACUGUUCACAAGCUUUUAGCGCAAUUUUUGCAAUGUCCGGGAAAACAAAUCCUUAUAUUCCAGAUGGAACCGAGCGUAAAGGAUCCCUAUUUCUUCGCUCAGAUCACAUGGACUACAGUAGACCAGCUUUAGUUUCCAACUGGCACCAAGCAAGGGAAGCAGAGCCUAAAACAUAUGACAUCAAGGAUUAUUUACCGGAAAAGAGAAACCUCCACAAUUCGACCUACAAAAGGAUCGGAGACGUAACUGACGGGUCGCUGCCAAAAACUUCUAGUCAUGACCAGAUGGAACAGGCAGUCAAGCUCAAGUCAGAUUUCCAGACACGGGAUACUCGCCGUCAAAUGGUUGACAUGUCUUCUUACUAUAACACCAACUUUAACAGGGACACAGGAGCUCCAGAUAGAGGAUUUGGGAGUGUUCUUCCAAGACAUCCUCCAAACCAUGAUAAAAGAUACUUAGACACCACUUACAAAGUAGACUACACCUCCCCUCAUCAUUAUGAACCUGCAAAGACGCCACCACCAGAGCCUGACAUGUCCCCUCUGUGGAGAAAGUGCCACUCUCAAUUCACAGAUGUUGAUGAUUAUCGUCGCCAUGGUAACAACACUUGGCAUGAGGAGUCAGGUCUAUAUGCAAACAGUGAAGUGAAGCGCACAUUUAUCAAAUCAACCAAUACGAUACCAGAGCGACUCUCCUGAUUUUUAAUUUAGUUUUUUUUAUUGCAAAUGAUGUUAUUUACAUUCAAGUAUUGAUGUUUUAUUAUUAUAACUAUCUAGUGUAUUUUAUAAUGUACAAUAAAACAAGAUUUUUGGUGUUUCA